UUAAAUCUCUGCACCAGUUCUUAUGUAACGCAUGUGAACUGCCAUGUUGCAACAACCAUCCUUUUGAUUGAAACCCAUAUCCUUCACAAGGAUUUGGCCCGAGUGGAACUGCAGCUCCACAGUCGCCGCCUCACGCUGUGAAUGUAGUGGCGGAGUCACCGGCGCGUGUCGCACCGAAGGGAUGGCGGAUCCCUACACGUGCAUCGUGAAGAAGAAUCGGAAGUACUCUUCCGAAUGCACGGAGGUUCACUUGGCCAACUUGGGUGCAGAGACGCUGUCGAAGAACUUCGAGCAUUUCGGGAAUCUUGAAGUGGUCUGGUUGCAGGGGAACCAGCUCUCCCGUGUGGAGAACCUCGAAAGCAACUUCCGAAUCCGCGAGAUCUACUUGCAGAACAACCGCUUGGUCAGUCUGGCUGGCCUUCGAAGCUUCAAGUUCCUGAAGGUGCUCUUGGCGAGUGGCAACCAAUUGCGAAACCUUGAGAAGCAGCUGGCGCUGCUGUCGAGGUUCGCUUUCUUGAAGAAGUUGGACCUCUUCGACAACCCAGUUGCAGAGGAGCCCGACUACCGGCUACGACUCAUCUAUCAGCUACCUCAGGUGGAAAUUCUGGACCAGCACUCCGUCAAAUCAGCUGAACGUCAAAGAGCCGACGAAGUGGUUCCCAACCUCGACAAGGUGUCGGCCGCACGCGUGGAGAAGGUGAAGUCCAAGGAGCAGGGCUUCUCGCUUCUCGAGAGGCAGUGCAUCCGGGAAGCCCGCCAGAUUCGAGACCGACGGAGGAAGGAGGAGGAAGCCUUGCUGAUGCGCAGCAUCCGAGUGGCGCCCGAGGUGGGCCCGCCAGACUGCAAGGUCUUCCGCUGGAACCGGGAACGCUGGAGCGAUCCCAGGAUGAAGCUUCAGCAUGAGCAGACGAGGCCGACGCCCUGGGAGUGCAUGGAGAUUCAGAGCUGGAUUGAGAAGAAGUCCGAGAAGAAGCAGCUGAACAAGGAGGAUGUUGAGGCUUUGGCCAAGGAGCUCUCGUCCGAAGGCAUUGUGGAAUUCGGCCGCUACCUGAAAACCGGCGGCGUCUUCCAAGAGAAUCCUUGGGAGGACACGUCGCAGGAGACCUCAAUGCUGGGACGGACGUUGAAGUUCCACCAGGAGAAGAUGGGCCAGGUGGCGGUGGAAGUCCAUCCUCUAGCCAAGCUUCAACAAGACCCGGAGGCCACCAUGCCGCUGGCGACGGUGGCCAAGCUACUCCUGAAACUGGAGUGGCCUCGCUUCGAUGAUCGCUUCUUGGAGAGGCGCAUCGAGCAGCUCUACGACGACUUGCGGCGCGCAGACUUUGCGGGGGACAAGGAGGCGGUGGCGAAGUUCCGUACCCAAGCCCUGCGACUCGAAGGCGGAACCCGCCCCGCGCGGGGUGUGAAGAGCCUCAAGGAGCACGUGGAGUUGAAUCGGAAGGAGACGAACCUGGCGCCGGAGAAAGGGCGCAUGGACCUCUUUCCACAGAAGUUCAUCCGAGCCAAGCGGCAGAUCGACGAGAGCACCGGGCGGAUCGUGUUGAAGGUUGGCAUGGAUAUGCGCUGCACAAGUCUUGGAAGCAUGACUGUGCGAAGCUGAGAAUCUUCUUCAGACGCAACUUCUUCACGCGCAAUCAGUUCGGGUGGUUUCACCCAGAGUUUCACGGCUAUCAACAAUAAUACCUUUGGAACAAGUUGAUGACCGGGAAGAUGUCC